GUCACUGCGUCUGGGAGCCGGAGCCGGAGCCGGGUUUUGGCCACCGCUGUCCGCGCUGCGGGGCGGGGGGGACCCUAGCGGGGUUAGGUGGGUGGAGCCUCCAGACGUCCCUAGGGGAGGCAUGCUGGAGCAGGCUCCAUCCAGACAGCCCCUGGCCCCGACCCUCCAACCCAAGCAAGAUCCCCAAGGGAGCACGAGGGUGUGAUGCGCUACGAAGAGCUGUCCCCUCACCCCGAAAAUCACUGAUUGAGCCAGUGUCUGAGAGGGGACGCUUCACCCCAGUUCCCCCUUCCUGAAGAGGUGUUCCUCCAACCAUCCCGUAGGUGACAUCUUUGGGCACCCAGGAGAAGAUAUCACCCCCCGAAAGGGACCACUCGAAGGCAUAUUCUCUUCUCUGUGGGAAAUUGUCUCCACCCCAGGGCACCCUCGGAUCCCCACAGAUGCAUUCUUCCAGAGUCACGUGUUCAAGCAAGAGGCUGGUCCUCAUGGGAGUUUCCCCCUCAGAAAAACGUGUACCCACACACGGACCGCCUUCCUGGCCCGCCGCAGGGCAGAGUCCCUCAAGGCUUGCAGCCCUCCGAGUCUCUCUGUCUCAUGGUCAGGAUUAAGGACUCAGGCCGGGUCAGGGUAUAUUUAUAAGAGCGAUUAGCUGGUAGCUGGGAAAGGGGCAGAUGAGGCGAUUCUUACUCCGCCCCCAGUGCUCGCUCAGCUGAGGCCAGACCAGACGAGGUUCUCAGAGUUGGAGAGAGCAUCAUCUGAGCCCUAGACAGAACGGGAAGGUUUCCCAGGGUCAGCCGGGAGCUGACCCACGGUCUCGGAGGGCAGGGUCUCCGGACCAGAGCGACCUCUGCCGGACAACGGAGGCGACAACGAGGUCUGGGUCAGUGUGUCCUUGGUUGAUGCUCAUGUCUGCACCUUUGCCUGUGUGAUUGUUCUCUGUCUUUCUGAAUCUGUUUGUCAGAGCAGCCAUCUCAAUUGAUCUCAUUGCUUCCAUUCGUCUCCACCCACGGCUUGUAUUUCUCUCCUGGGCGCGGCCGGGAAAAGCCACCCCCGGCGCUGGCCUCGUGCUGCUGUCCACGGUGCUGAAAUAUGGAUACCCCGAAGCAGAGGGCAUGUGUGUGCACAGGGUCUUCCGGGAGGCAAAACACACCAACAGGAUAAAUAUGACCCACAACCACCUUGGUUCAGCCCAGGCAAAAUCUGGAUUCUGUAAGACUCGGUUCCUGAGGCCUCUGUGAUAUCACUGUUGCCCACAGAAAGGUAGAGAGGCAGGAGUUCCAGCUUGGGCUAUACAGGGCUAUCUUUCCAGAGGGGAGGCGUUACUUACUCAUCAAUUUCCUUCCUCAACACUUGCUGAACAUGCACUGUGUGCAAGUGUGGAAUAGUAUUUGGCAAUAUGGGAUUUCAGCAAGAAAAGACACCAAAACCAAAACCAAACCAAACCAACCAACCAACAAAAACAGCCCCUAUCUUUUGGCUGGAGAGAACCCAAGCAAAUAAAAGUGUUUGCUCUGGAGCUGGAGAGAUGCCUAACUCAUCAAGAACACUGGCUGCUCUUUCAAGAGGACCUGGUUUGAUUCCUAGCACCCAUGUGAUGGCUUAUAACCAUUCAUAGCUCCAGUACCAGGGAAUCUGAUAUCUUCUAUUAGCCUUCUUGGGCACCAGGUACAGAUAUGAUGCACACACACACGCAGCCAAAACACCUAUGCACACAAUAGUUUAAAUUUUAUAUAAACAAGAAUGCUUGCUUCUCUUGCAAAAGGGCCAGAGUUUGGCUCCCAGAACCCACACUGGGUACUUCACAACAGCUUAUAACUCAGCUCCAGCUGAUCAGAGACAUCUGACCCCCUCAGGCACCUACAGUAAAGUACACAGAUAUCCCCUCCCAAGGUACACUAAAAAUAAUUAAAAUAAGUCUUGAAAAAAUUGCCUGCCUUCCCCUGAUAUAAAAGGAAGACACAUUUCUCACAGUGGUAUCCAUAUUCUUCAAGGAUGGAAGCAUGUGCUCUAAGAACACGCAUAUGAACUAUGAAUACAACCAGAAACAAUGCUCUGCGUAUACAUACAUACACCUGUGCACACAUAUUCAGUCAAUACAUGCACAAACACUGCACAUACACAUACAACCUCCUCGAACACAGACGCAAGUAUUUCCACAUGCUUUGUGCACACUUCUCAGAUAAAGACCCACCUGUUCUCCAAAACCACACACAGGGGUUGAGGAGGCCUCAGGGGUUAAGCGAAUGUACCACACCAGCAGAGGGCCUGAGUACAGUUCCCAGAAUCCGUGUCGGCAGUUCAUGACUCCAGCUAACGCCAGCUCCAGUUGACCUUAUCAGAGGACUCGGACCAGCGACUACACUCACAGCCACAGAUCCACACGGACAAACACACACACACACACAGCCCACAUUUAUGCAUAAUUUAAAAUAGUAAAAUAUGAAAAAGGAAGAAAACUAUGAAUGCAUAAUCAGCAAAGAGAGUCACAUACAACCUGUGUAUAUAUUUGCAAAUAUCCAGCAGACAGACACACAAUGUGCAUAAGCACAUGUGUAUAAAACUCAGACCCUACAAUCAUACAAACACAUACGUAGGAGGCACUUAUCAAAUGCAAAUGCACUCAAAAGUACAUACAAACAUCCCAACAUGCUCAAUUCCAAAACCCAUGGAUGCUCAGUGGUACACAGUUCCCAUCUAAUACAUAGAUACAUAUUUUUCUCAACACAUCUCAUACACAAGUUCAUGACAGUCUAUGCAUGGCCUUCUUCCCCAGGGCUGUUUCCCUCCACCUUGUUCUCCAGAUUGAAUUAAGUCAAUUCUCUGAGAUUGAGAUUGUCAUCUCCUGUACAUACGUGCCAUCCCAGAACCCCGUACAGAGCAUGUGUUUAAUGAGUGUCUGCUGAAUUCACAGAGAGAAUGCUAAAGGACACUGAUUUACAGAACCUGGAGAAAGGCAGAGAAAGCACCAGCAUACACAUAGAACUGCUUACCCAAGAGACACUUACCUCUCCACAAAACACAGAGAAGAGAGAGACACAGAUUCGGGAUCACCCACAGAUCUCUCACACACAUACACACACACGAGAGAGAGAGAGACAGAGAGACACAGAGAGAGAGAGAGAGAGAUCUUAAGUUUUGUGGAUAUGUGGGCUGGAGAGAUGGUUUAGUGGUUAAGUGGUCUGCUCUUCCAGAGGACCUGAGUUCAAUUCCCAAAAACCACAUGGUGGCUCACAACCACCUAUAAUGGGAUCUGAUCUCUUCUGUCAUGCAGGCAUACAUGCAAAUAAAGUGCUCAUAUGUAUAAAUAAAUAAAUCUUUUAAAAAAGAAAGAAAAAAAUUGUGGAUAUAAAUAUGUUAAUGCACCAGUCUCCUGUUUGGGGACUUGAAGGCGGGGCUUUUGAAUGCCCCGCCCCAGAACCAAACCACACCCCUUUCCGUUGUCGCUGUUUGCCGGCCUUGGCUCUAUGCUCCUGAGGUUUCUCAGCGGCCCCUGGACUCCAGCCUGCCAGCAGGUGAGUGGCAGUGGGUAAGGCAGUGGGAAUCUUGUCUUCCACACUUUUAUCUUCUGCCCAGAAGCUUUUGGAACCUAUGGCAGAACCCCAGCCCUGCCACAGCCCAGCUUGGUACUAAAGGUCCAGCCCUGGGUGGAAGCUCCUAAGCCGAUUGUAAACCAAGAGAAGGUGACCGCGAAAGGAUGCCAACCUGAGCCUCCAGGACAGUGAUACCUCAUCCCUCCAUAUCAGCUGGCUCUUGUCUCAGGUGGACAUGGCCCACAAAGGCCACUUCUGGGCCCUGCGACUGAUCCUGGCAUUGAUCUUCUUGGUGGCCUGUGGAAGGGGCCACCCAUUGCAAGCUGGGUUCUGGGGACCCGCUGGGCUGGCAGCCAAUGUGAGCACAGGCCAGCUGCACCUAGCAGGGCACCUUCGGCUCUCAGUCCUGCCACCUGACCCGAGGAUCCAAGGCCCUGGUUCACAGACACCGUCAGUGCCAGAACCUUGCUGCACGGCACAGACAGACAGAGAGGCAGCAGGCCCACGGAGCCUUCUAGAGAGCUGCGGGGCACCAAGCCCGGAAUGUGAAUUCUUCCUGGGACGCCUUCAACUCGCCCUCCGCAAUCGACUCCACCCGCUGCUGCUGAGGGUUCGUGGGACGCAGCAUCUCUGCCCAGAGCUCUGCCAGAUUUGGUUCACCACCUGCAAAGCAGAUUUUACCUGUGGCCCGACUUGGCUGCAACCCUCUGGAAAGAGAGGCUGCGAGGCCAGCUGCCGUACCUACGGGGAGACCUUCGACAAUGCCACAGACCUGUGUCACUCUGUUCUGGGUCAAGCCCUGCCGGUGGCGGCUCCCGGCUCACGUCACUGCCUCAACGUCUCCAUCUCCGCUCCACGAACCCGCCGCCCUCGCUCCUGGAUCUCCAAUGCUGCAGGCAGUGGAAGCGGCAGCGGCAGCGGCGACAGCCCUGAGUAGAUGUUUCACUUUCACCUCCCAAAUGAUGCCUCGGCAUGCUGCCUAGACAGGCCUUUCUACCCGUUAUCCUAGAAAUGACCCAGCUCUCACUUACUUUGCUCUUUUCCAGGAUAGUUACCAGCCUAGACCAUGCUAUAAGGUGUGGAUGCUGCUUGGGGAAAUGGUUGGGGAAAACUGCCAAAAAUGAUAGUCUCAGAGGGGGAGAGGAAGGGAAGACAGAGACCAGCAAUAUGGCAAAUAUGGCGUAGCAGGCCAAUCCCGACAACUUAGGUUCCAUCUCCAGAAUUCACACGCUAGCAAAAGCCACAGAUCCUGCAAGUUGUCCUCUCGACCUCCAUGUUCAUUGUGGCACUUGUGUCCCUCUUCCCCAUAUAAGUAAAUAAAUGUAGUAACAGUU